AUGUCUGUAGAGGCGUCUUCAGACGCGUUGCCGGCGACAGAUGCCGCGGCGGAUGCAUCGACGACCGCACAGAACCACGAGCCGGAGGUGCCUGCCGGCGCCAACACCGAGGAGGCAGUGGCGACAGAAAAGGCAACAACGGUGACCACGGGGACGCCCGCGGUGUUCCCUGCGUCAGCGCCGUACGACGAGAUUGACAGCGGCGAACCAGAGGAGGCGGAGAAGGCGACAGAGCAUGAGGACAGCAUGGAGAUCAGCGGCAUCCCGCCGAAUGAUGUGAAGAACAUCAUCUUACAGGUUCUUAGUCCAUACUUUGAUGACGAGGGCGGUGAAGACGAUGCCCAGCGCUAUGACCACGUCAAGGCCCAGGGGUGGAUCCAGCUUAUUUGCGACGGUAUUAUGGAAAAGCUGCUGGGCAUGCGGCGGCCGUACAAGUACGUGGUGCACUGCAUGAUUAUGCGUAAAUGUGGGGCCGGAAUUCACGUCUGCUCCAGCUGCUACUAUAGCCAGGCUGACGGCUGGGUUAAUCAUGCCCAUGACCUCUCAGCCCACAUCUACGCGGUGGUGACUGUCUAUUGGAGCGUCAUAUAG